UCAAACACUUAAAAAGCGAGCGAAAAUUCUAGGAAAAUUCUUAAAUUUUUCAAAACAACUCUAAAUAGCGCAAUUUAGAAUAUAAAAGUGUACUUUAAAUCGAAUAAACAUAGAGUACUUGUGAUAAGUGACCAAACUAGCAUAAGAGUUUAUAUUUGCAGCUAACGUUACGUAGCAAUGUGAAGUGUAAUCCUUGAGAAAUCGAGGUGCGCCAUGCCAUCCAAAACUAGAGGCCGAGCAGCAAAAGCUUCUAAAGAAAACAUCAGUGUCGUGAAAACUAAGUCAAAGGCUAAAGUAUUGAAAGAAAGUGUCAGAAAACCUUUAUCGGAUAAAACAAAUUCAGCAUCCGACGAUAACGCAUCAGUUGUGUCUGACUCGAAAAAGCCCGUUGUUAGUGUACCCGAUAAACAAAUAAACGAUGAUUGCAAUGGCAUUGUGAAACGAUCUCGGCGCGCUCGACGCCUUCCCACACGGUAUAAGGAAAAUAAUGUCUUGAAAAAUCUAUCAAACAGCUUGAACUUGUCAACAUCUCACGAUGUCCCAGCAUUUAAAACCCCUUCCCCAGUACAAGAAAAAAGUAAAGUUACUGUAAAUAAUACUCAGCCCACAAAGAAUCUAGCUACAAAGGCUACUGUUUUGGCUAAGAAGAAUACCUCACCCGUGAAAAAGGUACAACUUACACCUACAAAAAAUCCUGUUGAAAUACUACAUAGUAAUUUAGUAAAGAAUAGACCGAAGAGGAUUUGCCGACUACCAAGCAAGUAUGAAGACCACUCUAUUAGUCCUAACAAGUACAUACCAUUACAGCCUAUCAAUGCCAGUACACCUUUUGCAACAAAAUCUAAGAAGGUUAUUAACAGUGCUACAACCAACAUAAGUGCCAUACAAAAUAUUUCACCAGUAAAACUUCCUAAUUUGACAUCAACAAAUAUAAAUAAACGAAAUACUGGAGAAAAAAGAGCCACACAAAAUAUUGAACCUGAAAAACAACCUAUUUUAGUUACUAAAAACAAAAACACUAACAAUAAAAUUAUUGAAGAAAGAAGUGAACCUGAAAAACGUCCUAAAAGAGCUACAAGAGCCAAAAAGAUAAAUGAUGAAAAUAAUGAUAAUUUCAUUGACUUUCUACCUGAUUUGCCGACAAAGAGAGCAACCAAACAAAAAGCUGUGAGCAAUGGCAUAAGACAAAAAGCUGUGGCAGAUUCAAAUAAUAAUGCUAAGAAAAAUAAUAAAGCACAAGAAUCCCCACCAAAAUCACCAGGAAAAAUAUUUAAAUCAAGAGAAAUAGGUUUAAACAAAAAUACUUCAUUAAGGUUACUAGAUGAUAACAAAAAUCUGUUAAAGAGAGACUCGAGUAAGUUAGAUGUGUAUGAAUUUACAUUUAAUCCAGAUGAGGAACCUUCACCAGCAAAGAAGAAGAAGAAGAAAGCUGCUCCAAGAAAACCUAAGCCUAAAACUGUACCUUCAAAGAGUAAGUAUGACAGGAAUCUAGCAAAAGCUCUAGCUGCUUUGAGGAAUACUGUUGCCACAAAGUCCUCUAAUACUCAAAAUGGAGAAACUAACAAAAAUGGAGAAGUUGCAACAACUAUCAAAGAAAACAUUAAUAAUGUUGAUGCUAACUACAUAAACACACUUAUAAAUGAACAACAUUUGAGUGUAGAUAAAGAACAGAGUAUUGUUAACGCAAAGAAUUAUAAUUCUGUAAGAGUGGAGGACAUAGCUCGUGAUUUUCAAAUGGAUGAAGAUGACCAUGCCAUUGAUUACUCACCUGUUCACUCUCCGAGUCGGCCGAAAACUCCUUCAAAUGAUGUGCAAUGUAGUGUACAGGUUGUCCAAACUCCAAAUAAUUUAGACCCUCUUAAUUUACGUGAUGACAGUUUCUUUCAUGAAAUACCUGUAGCCAGCAGCAGUAUGAAUGUAUCCGUAAGACAUCCUGAAGCAAGUCCUUGGAGGGCUGAAUUUGGUAGUUUACCUAUAAAGUGGCAGGUUAACACUUACGUCAAACCGAACAUGACACCAGCGUUUGAAAGCUCAUUCAUUAACUUUAAUGAUGAUAAUAAAAAGAAGCACGUCUAUACAAACAUUGUACCAGAAGCAAAUGAUCCAAUACCUGAGGUUGAUAAUACUACAAAUUUGAAACAGACGAGUAUAAUUUCCUUUAUAAAAGAAGUUGUAGAGAGAAAUGCAAAUAAAAAGAAUAAAAAAUCAACACCAGUUAAAGCCAAUUCUCUAUUCGAAGAUUUAGCAAGCACAUCUGUUGUCAAUUAUAUGACUCCUAAUAAAGAAACUCCAUUUAAGGAUAAUAAUAUUGUUAAUAUAACUCCAGAAUCAGAAAAGCAACAUAGUAAAUGCAUCAGUUAUUCAUCAAAUGAAAAGGAAAAUUCAGAUAUCGUUAAAACACCAAAAGAUUUGAACAAGAGUGUAGAUAAAAAUAAUACAUAUUACGGUUUUGAUGAGGUUGAGGAGCAGGAGAAUGUUUCUCCUGUCAAGAUAAACAAUAGAGCUAAAUCCUUACGAUCUCGCACAAGAGGUAUUCUUCAAGAAAUAAAUGAAUAUAAAGGUCCAACUCGAGGACAUAUACCAGUUGCAGCAAAAUCAAAUAGUGUAAAUAGAAAUGAAAUGAAGUCGGCAACAGAACCGCCUAUCUUUCCUGAAGUUGCAGCUGAUGGUAGCACAGAUACAGCCAAUGUACAAGAGUCAUGUGUUUCUGAAAAUUUGGACAAUGAUGAUCAAUCGGUACAUUUGUUUGAAGAUAUAGAUUUGUUGUUUAUUCACCAUCCUAAGCCUAGUCGAAAAAGUUAUGGGAAAGCCAAGAAAGUUACAUUUGUCCAGAAACCAGUGGUUGGUUCUGAUGACAGUUCAAUGAGUGAUCAGGAUAUUGGAGACCGGAAUGCCUCAAUCUCAAGUGAGGAAGACAACUUAGAGGACCUGUCAUUCAAAUUACCCACAGAGAGACCUAAAAAGACAGUCAAAAAGAGGAAGCCCAAGAAAAUAUUGUCUAAAAAGGAGGAAAAGGAAGUAGAAGCAUGGGCAGCCGGCUUUAAUUCAAUGUGCGAAGAUAUUGAUGGCUUUGACUUGGUUGUUGAAGAAUAAGUGAUUUAAUUAGAUUAUAUUACUUCUUCUUCUCUAUGGCUCUUUGUACUGCAAUUAUGUGUUUACAGAGAUUAUGCUUUAAUUUUGUAUAUCAUUAAUGAUGUUUAAGUUAAAGAUAUUUUUAAGUCUAUAUCUAAGUUUUAUUAUUAAGGUCAAAUUAAGGUUAAGGAACAAAUAAGAUCAACUUUUACCUCUGUUUUAAAUAUGUUGGUUGGACUAAACUUUAUACAAAUAAUAAUAUUAUUUAUUGUUUAUUUUUACUGAAGCAGUGUAAAGACUCAAUGGACAUUGCAACAAAGUGAAGUGGCAAGUCUUUUAACAAAAGUUACAAGGUAAAUUGAACACUAAAAUUGCAUAUUG